AUGUUGAAGAGUGAAGAUACUGGGCUUGGUGAUGAGGACAUUGAGUUGAUAGAUGUUGAAGACACUGAGCUUGUUGUUGAGGACAUUGAGUUGAUAGAUGUUGAAGACACUGAGCUUGUUGUUGAUGACAUUGAGUUGAUAGAUGUUGAAGACACUGAGCUUGUUGUUGAGGACAUUGAGUUGAUAGAUGUUGAAGACACUGAGCUUGUUGUUGAGGACAUUGAGUUGAUAGAUGUUGAAGACACUGAGCUUGUUGUUGAGGACAUUGAGUUGAUAGAUGUUGAAGACACUGAGCUUGUUGUUGAGGACAUUGAGUUGAUAGAUGUUGAAGACACUGAGCUUGUUGUUGAGGACAUUGAGUUGAUAGAUGUUGAAGACACUGGGCUUGGUGUUGAGGACAUUGAGUUGAUAGAUGUUGAAGACACUGGGCUUGGUGUUGAGGACAAUGGGCUGGUUGAUGUUGAUGACACUUGCAGUGACUUGGCUUGUUGUUGUUAA